CAGAAGUGAAACUAAGGUAAGCAGUAAAAAACAAAAAGAAGCGAAAAGGAAACGAAAAGGAAACAACAACAGCAACAAAGGCAACAGAGAAGUGACUCAAAAAUCAAAAGGAAUGAAACAGAACAUGGAGGAUCAUGGAGCGAACCAAGCAACAGAGUGUAGCAGCAAAAUGAAAGCAAAACACCACCACCUCCUCCUCCUCCAACAAAAACCACGGCUAGCACAAUCGAAAAUAGUAGGACAAGAUCAUGUUAGCAUCCUCACUGCACCUCAGCCUGACAACUCAAGCGAGCACCUAUUAAUUCAUCACCAGCAAGCAAACACAAAUCUGCCAUCGACCCUCACUCAGACAACCACAUAACAGGACUCCCAAAACACCACUCGAUGGAUAAUCUUCCGAGAAUGUUCUCCCUCAGCCAUCUCGCUCCAGCUACUCGUUGAACUUUACCAUGAACCAUGAUCUAGGACAUAGAGCUCUGCACAAGCUUUCUAGCGACAACAAAAAGCGUCCCCUUCUUCUCCUCGAAAACACAUUGAUUCCUUUCCAGCCAGACAAACCACCACAGAACAUGUAAAAUGACGAAAUUAAAUCAAUUCUCGAUG